CUGCAGAUCCCGUGAAAGCCGCUGAAGGUAUCUGACCUCAGUUUCUGCAUCUGCACAAUGGAAAUCCUAAUGCUCACCAGGGGAUGGUGGUGAGCUACGUCGGAGCUAACUUCUAAGGAGUCUGUGAUCUGCAAAAAAUCUUCCAGGCAGAGUCACAGUGGCAGCUUUGAGAGUUGGACUGCCAGGUCCCUGAAGUGAUCUCUAGGCUCCAGCCCCCGCCCGCCACCAUUCCGUGCUGCAGGGACACCAUGGCUCCAGAGGAGGACACUGGAGGGGAGGCCCUAGAGGGCAGUUUCUGGGAGGCUGGCAACUACAGGCGGACAGUGCAGCGGGUGGAAGACGGGCAUCGGCUGUGCGGGGACCUGGUCAGCUGCUUCCAGGAGCGUGCCCGCAUCGAGAAGGCCUACGCCCAGCAGUUGGCUGACUGGGCCCGAAAGUGGAGGGGUACCGUGGAGAAGGGCCCCCAGUAUGGCACGCUGGAGAAGGCCUGGCACGCCUUCUUCACGGCGGCUGAGCGGCUGAGCGCGCUGCACCUGGAGGUUCGGGAGAAGCUUCACGGGCAGGACAGUGAGCGGGUGCGUGCCUGGCAGCGGGGGGCCUUUCACCGGCCAGUGCUGGGUGGCUUCCGAGAGAGCAAGGCGGCAGAGGACAGCUUCCGCAAGGCCCAGAAGCCCUGGCUGAAGAGGCUGAAGGAGGUUGAGGCCUCCAAGAAGAGUUACCACGGAGCCCGGAAGGAGGAGAAGACAGCGCAGACUCGGGAGAGCCACGCGAAGGCAGACAGCACGGUCUCCCAGGACCAGCUGCGCAAGCUGCAGGUGCGGGUGGACCGCUGCACCAAGGAGGCCGAGAAGACAAAAGCCCAGUAUGAGCAGACGCUGGCAGAGCUGCAUCGCUACACCCCACGCUACAUGGAAGACAUGGAACAGGCCUUCGAGACCUGCCAGGCUGCUGAGCGCCAGCGGCUUCUCUUCUUCAAGGAUAUGCUGCUCACCUUACACCAGCACCUCGACCUCUCCAGCAGUGAGAGGUUCCAUGAGCUCCACAGAGACCUGCAUCAGGGUAUCGAAGCAGCCAGUGACGAACAGGAUCUGCGCUGGUGGCGCAGCACCCACGGGCCGGGCAUGGCCACGCACUGGCCACAGUUUGAGGAGUGGUCCUUGGACACACAGCGGACAAUAAACCGGAAGGAGAAGGGUGGCCGGAGCCCUGAUGAGGUUACUCUGACCAGCAUCGGGCCCACAAGAGAUGGUGCUGUGCCCCCACCUCAGUCCCCCGUGUCCCCAGGCAGUGGGCAGGAUGAGGAGUGGUCAGACGAGGACACUCCCCGGAAGGCUGCCACUGGGGUGCGGGUGCGGGCGCUCUAUGACUACGCUGGCCAGGAAGCUGAUGAGCUGAGCUUCCGAGCAGGGGAGGAGCUGCUGAAGAUGAGCGAGGAGGACGAGCAGGGCUGGUGCCAGGGCCAGCUGCAGAGCGGCCGCAUUGGCCUGUACCCUGCCAAUUACGUGGAGUGUGUGGGGGCCUGACAGCCCUGGCAGCCCUUCUGCAAUGUUUCUCCACCCUGAGCCAGAGCCCAGCCUCUGGACAGCCGGACCCGAGGGCCCUGAACCAGUGCCCCUGCUGUCCCUCUGUCCCCAAGUCCUGGGAGUCAGGGAGGGGAGGGGCCGACUGAGUCUAGGCUGUGGGUAAUGGGAGGUCAGGAGGUCACAGAAGGGUUCAGGGUACCUCGGCCUACCCAGGAGUGUUUGGUCUCCCCAGGAGCCAUGGACCCAAUUCCUGGUCUCUGCGUUUUGGGGUUCCUGGGGUGGGCUUGAGGUGAGUGUCGUUCUGAGCUAGCAACACUCUUUUGUGGCUUGUUCUAGUGUGUAUUAAACUUGAAAAAAAUAAAAAAGCAUUUUCAGGC